UUUGAAUAUCCGUCGUGUAUCUGUGUGUACUUUUUCGCGUUUUAUAUAUAAAAGACGCACGCGUUAUCUGCAGUUCAACGAACUAACCUAACCUAGUUGGCUAUCGAGUACGCGGCACCACUAGCACCAACAACGCCACCAUAUCCGAUUAUUGCGGCAGCAGCAGUCGGCAGAUGGGUACGCGAUAUUUUCGCGAAAGUUUAUUCGCUUGUUCUGUCCGUGCGCCGCGCGACCGUCGACGUCGUACGCGUCUGCUACGAUCUGCCACCUACACAACACAGUGCAGUCGUGUAUGUACACAAGUCCAAAAAGUCGCAUGCAUCUGUCAGCAAAAUCUCAUCGCUAAUAAUUUUCAAUGUUCAACGAUCUUGAUUAUUUUAAAGUGAUCGAACGUCGAUUUAAUUAUUAUUCGACGUUGUCAUUAGUUUGCUCUCAGAAUGGAUAUCGCUAAAUCCUUAUUCAGUGCUCGCGAUCACGAAGGUUACGUGGGAAAAGAAGAACACGAAAAAAGUGUCAAAGCAGCUGCAUCCGAUGAGGAGACCGAUGACGCCGCUGGAGGGUCUAAUGGCGAAGUGCUGUCACCAGCACCUGGUGGACCAUUUUCUGCUCUUAUACCCUCAAUGUGGCCUCAAGAUAUUUUAGCAAAGCUUAAGGAAAAUGACACAUCUGAUUCAUCAUUGGAAUGUAACUUUGAUGAAUUUGGCUUUAGAAUUGAUAAGGAAAACUGUUUAGAUGAAAACACAAGAAAACUCUUGGAAUCUCAUUUAACAGAAAACCCAAGACAGAGGCUAGAGUGGGCAGCCUUAAUCGAAUUUAAUAGUGACAAAAAUGUUUCCGAAGUAGAUAACGGUAUACCUCACACUGAUAAACUUAGAGAAAUGAUCAGGAAAGGAAUUCCACAUUCACUUAGACCACAAAUCUGGAUGAAAAUGUCUGGUGCAUUACACAAAAAAUUAUCAUCAGAAACCUCCUACAAAGAUAUUAUAAAAGCUUCGAGCAGUGAUGCAUUGAUGACCAGCAAGCAAAUUGAAAAAGACAUCCUUAGAAUCAUGCCUGCCAAUGUUUGCUUUAAUAACUUGCACAGUACUGGCAUUCCUAGACUAAGAAGAGUCAUGCGAGGACUUGCCUGGCUGUAUCCAGACAUAGGAUAUUGUCAAGGAACAGGAACCAUAGCAGCUUCAUUACUACUGUUGCUUGAAGAAGAGGAUGCAUUCUGGUUGAUGGCUACCAUUGUAGAAGAUUUACUUCCAGCAUCAUAUUAUUCUUCAACUCUUAUAGGUAUCAGAGCUGAUCAGCGUGUUCUUCGAACAAUAGUUACUAAUGUCCUUCCAGAUGUUGAUCAAAUUCUUGUUCAGCAUGAUAUAGAGCUAAGUUUAAUAAGUUUAAACUGGUUUUUAACACUAUUUGCAUCUGUAGUUCAUAUGAAAAUAUUACUUAGAAUAUGGGAUCUUUUUCUAUGUGAUGGAUCAAUAGUACUAUUUCAAAUAGCAGCAGCAAUGUUGAAAAUUAAAGAAUCUGAUUUAAAAGCUUUGGAAAACUCCGCACAAAUAUUCAAUGCCUUAUCAGAUAUUCCUGGAGAUAUCACUGAUGCAGAUCAGCUUUUGGGCGUUGCAUUAGAAAUUAGUGGAACAUUUACAGAGGCAUUGGUAGAUACGCAUAGAAGAAGACAUUUGGCAUAUUUAAUGGCUGAUCAAGGUGGCCUUGUUGGGAACCCUGAUGCAGAUCCUAAUUUACCAAAGCAGCAUUUAAAUAAGAGACAAGUUAAACGUACCAAAUCUAUGCUUGAAACUCUAUUAUUUGGGGAUGAAGAAACAGAAGAUGAUCUGAAAUGUAAAAACAUUAGACAAACAGAAAUUUUAGUUGACUUGAGAGAAUCAGUUUUACAGAUUGCUAGACAUUUUAUUACCUUAGAUCCAAAACUCGGUAGUAUUCAACUAACAGCAGAUUAUAGUAUGGAAAGCCACGCAAAAGAUCACGAAAAUUUUAUCAAUGUAUCGCGGAUACGUAACCGACGUGCCAAAGCAUUACUUGAUUUCGAAAGACAUGAUGAUGAUGAACUUGGAUUUCGAAAGAACGAUGUGAUUACUAUAAUAAGUCAAAAGGAUGAACACUGUUGGGUCGGAGAGUUAAAUGGUCUUCGAGGCUGGUUUCCUGCUAAAUUCGUCGAAGUUUUAGAUGAAAGAAGUAAACAGUAUACUUGUGCUGGAGACGAUGCUGUCAGUGAAGCAGUUACCGAUUUAGUUCGUGGUGGUUUAUGUCCAGCUAUCAAAUCUGUAUUAGAGCACGGUAUGAAGAGGCCUUCUUUUUUAGGAGGUACUUGCCACCCGUGGCUUUUUAUUGAAGAAGCAGCCAGUAGAGAAGUUGAAAAAGAUUUUAAUUCUGUGUACAGUAGACUUGUGCUUUGCAAAACCUAUCGUUUAGAUGAAGAUGGAAAAGUGUUGACUCCUGAAGAGUUGUUGUAUCGCUGUGUACAGUCCGUCAAUUUGACGCACGAUAGCGCUCACGCUCAAAUGGAUGUAAAACUUCGUUCUCUUAUAUGUCUUGGCUUGAAUGAACAAGUUUUACAUUUAUGGUUGGAAGUUCUAUGUUCUUGUGUGGAAGUUGUCCAAAAAUGGUAUUAUCCUUGGAGUUUUGUGAACAGUCCUGGUUGGGUACAGAUAAAAUGUGAACUUAGAACGUUAAGUAAUUUUGCAUUCAACCUAAACCCAGAUUGGGAGUUACCACCCAAAAAAGAACACUCACAACCAAUGAAAGACGGCGUGCGCGACAUGCUGGUAAAACAUCACUUGUUCAGCUGGGAUUUAUAAAAAAAUUCAAAUUAUACCGUCUUAAUAGAAAUCUUGCCAUUAAGCCAAAGUCGUAUUAUCACAUUAAUUUCAUAAUGUUUCCAAAAAUGAUCUUUUAAUGGUAAUAAAGAUCUGUAGUAUUUAAAAGAACACUUCAUAAUUUUAAAUUGUCUUAUCACACUUUGAAAAUUAUAGUUCAGUUAAUUGAAGAAAAUUUCAUGUGCAAUAAUGAUAAAUCACUGUGCAAUAUUAUGAAAGAUUUAUUAGUUUAAUUUAUGAAAUUGAACGUCAGUUUUACAACAUAUACUUGAUUUUUAAUUAUUGAAUAUGAUAAGCGUCAAAGAUAGAAUUCUUUCCAUAAAAUGUCAAUGUCUGUUAAUAAGCCAUGAACCUAUGUAGUAUUAUAUUAACGUGUUUUUAAAAUAUUCACUAUUAAUAUUUUUCUAUGUAAUCGCGAAUAGGUAAAUUACUAAUGCAGAGACUGAAUAUAUUGAAUUUCGCAAGAUGCGAUUUGUUUUUGAAUCCAUCGUUGGUCGAUGUAAUGUAAAAUAUUUAAUAAAAUUGUUAAUUGUUAUAAUUAGAGUAAAGAGGCGGCGUGUGUACUUUUCAAAAAAGUCCAAAAAUGUAUUAUUUUACGACGCAAAAUGUUUUAUAAUGGAGCGUAAAACUUGUAAAUUU